AUGACGAGUACAGCUCCGACGGAAUCUCAAAAAUUCCUCUCCACCAGAGGUGGUGACUAUGGCCUCUCGUUCGAGACCGUUGUCUUGAAGGGACUCGCUGCGGAUGGCGGUCUUUUCUUGCCUCACGAAGUCCCAAUUGCCCAUGACUGGCAAAGUUGGAAAGAUCUCUCCUACGCCGAGCUCGCCUUCAAGAUCUUUAGCCUGUAUAUCUCUCCCUCCGAAAUCCCCCCAGAAGACCUGAAAGGCAUCAUUGAACGGAGCUACUCGACCUUCCGUGCCGAAGAUGUUGUGCCCUUGGCGCAUCUGCAGGACGACAACCUGUAUCUCCUCGAACUAUUCCAUGGCCCAAGCUACUCCUUCAAAGACUGUGCCUUGCAGUUUCUGGGAAAUCUCUUCGAAUACCUCCUCGUGCGGAAGAACCAAGGAAAGGUUGGAAAAGGUGCGCGCUUCGAAGCCCCUAGUCUGUUGCAACGCAGCGGAGCUGACCAACCAGCAGAUAGGCAUCAUUUGACAGUUGUCGGCGCGACAAGUGGUGAUACUGGAUCUGCCGCUAUUUACGGUCUUAGGGGCAAGAAGGACGUGUCGGUCGUCAUCUUACAUCCCAAGGGCCGCGUCAGCCCUAUCCAGGAGGCGCAGAUGACUACCUGCACAGACAGGAAUGUCCACAACCUUGCCGUGACGGGAACAUUCGACGAUUGCCAGGAUAUCGUUAAGGCUAUGUUUGGCGAUCCUGAUAGCAACCAGGCCUUGAAGCUCGGUGCUGUCAACUCGAUUAACUUCUCGAGAAUCCUCGCCCAAAUCGUAUUCUAUUUCUACGCCUACUUCUCGCUUGCUAGAAAGUCCCCGACGUUCAAGGUGGGUGACAAGGUCAGAUUUGUGACCCCCACUGGAAACUUCGGCAACAUCCUCGCGGGCUACUUCGCAACCAAGAUGGGUCUCCCCGCCGACAAGCUGGUCGUGGCGACCAAUGAGAACGAUAUCCUGCACCGCUUCUGGACAACUGGCCGCUAUGAGAAGAACCCUGUCCAGGAACAGAACGCUGACGGCAGCGUGAAAGCCGACGCUUGCAAGGAGACACCGAGUCCUGCAAUGGAUAUUCUGGUCUCCAGCAACUUCGAAAGACUCAUGUGGUUCCUCGCAAAAGAACAAGCAGCGGCAGCCGGCAUGGACGACGCCUCCAGCAAAAAGAAGGCCGGUGAAGAGGUUUUGGCCUGGUACCAAUCAUUGAAGGCAACUGGCGGCUUCGGCCCUGUCGACAAGGACCUCUUGGCAAAUGGUCGGUCGACUUUUGACAGUGACCGCGUGAGCAACCCAGAGACUGUGGAGACGAUCAAGUCUUGCUACCAGGAGACCAAAUACGUUCUUGAUCCCCAUUCGGCUGUUGGAGUUACCGUUGCGAAGAGAUCGCUGGCCAAGACGGGCUCGAACGUCCAUCACAUCUCGCUCUCCACUGCCCACCCCGCCAAAUUCUCCGAGGUCGUCGAAUCGGCUCUGAAGGGCGAGGCCGGCUUCAACUUCGAUGAGCAGGUGCUUCCUGACGAGUUCAAGGCUUUCGCGCAAAAGGAAACCAGGGUCACAACCGUUGAGAACUCGUGGGAGAAGGUCCGGGAGAUUGUGAAACGCCAGGCUGAAGAGGACAUCAAGGCCGAGAGCAGCGCUUGA